GGUGACCACUAGCUAAACAGAAAGGAGAGCCUACUCAAGCCCAGUUCCACAUCACACAAGUCUGUAGACAUGUCUACGGAAAAGAUGGCGAAAGCAGAAGAGACUUUUCAAAGGUACACAGAGAUUAAGAAGAUGGUUGACAGGUGGCGUAACUCUCACACUCGCUGCCUGUGGCAGAUGACACUGAGCCAGCGGAGGAACCCAUACGCCACGCUGAGGAUGCAGGAGGACAUGGCCCGGGAACUGGUGCUGGCCAACAAGCAGCUGCUGAUGGUCCGGCAGGCUGCCCUGCACCAGCUGUUUGAACAGGAGCAUCAGCAAUACCAGCAAGAACUGAAUCGGAUGGGCAAAGCCUUUUAUGUGGAGAGACUCUGAGUGCAUCUCAAACCCCAUGCCCAUCACGCCUGCUAACCUAGCCUGGACCCUCUACCGCCAGACAUUCCCGAAACAAGCCUGGAUCUAGCUAUCUGCCCUGCACUUAAGAGCAUGCCCCUGCUCUCACAUCUUCACUCGGUUGGCUGUGGGCUGCUGUUUGGGGAAACAACCCAUGUCAACAACGGUUAAAAACAGGAGCGACACCUUGUGGCUACAGUGGGAUGUGCAGUGUUGGUGUAAAGAGCGUUUUAAGAAGCGUGAUUUGGUUUAAUAAAGCUGGUUCCCAA